AUGCUCCGUGACAUUCCACUUUGGAGGAAGGAAAAAAUAAGAAAACAAACCACAGGCGAAGUUAGCGAAAUAAUAAACUCUAACUUCCAAAAAGCCCAAAAUCCUAAUGCUACUAUUCAGGAAAAAAAGGAGGCAUUGACCGACAUUGAAAAAUACGAAGGACAGUGUGCUUAUGAAGAGGCCAGGGUUAAAGAAAAAACCAAAAACCUUAAAAAAGAAGUGGCACAGGACAAUCCGGCUGAAUAUCGUAACAAAAUAAUUUCUGGCUUAGAUAUUAAAUUAAAAUACAGUUUGCUUACUAAGGAAGAAUUAGAUAAUGAGACGCAAGCCUUAUUCAAAGAGUUAGAGGAAAAGAAAAUUUCUGACCCUUCCCAGUUAGUCGAAACCGAAUUAAAAAUUACUGAAAAAAUUGGGCAGGCAGGAGCCACUAAAAAGAUAGAUAUUUUUAAAAAGAAAGUCAAAAAAGUUUUAAAAUCCAACAACAAAACUGAAAUAGAGGAGUUAAAAAAGCAACUAACCGAGUUUAUCAAAAGUAAUAAUUUUUAUUAUCAGGCUAAAAAAGGGGAAGUCCAACAACUAUUACGGAAGUUGGAAAGUGGGCAAAUUUGGUUAAUAAAAUUCAAAAAAAUUGAAGAUAAUAAACCCAUUAGACCUUGUGUAGUAAUUAGUAAUGAUGUGCAAAAUGAGUUUGAUGAAAGAAUAGUUGUAGCAGGAACAACUACUGAGAGCAUAGAAGAAGUUGGAGAAACUGAAGUAUUUAUUGAGAAUGCUCCUGAAACAGGCUUACAUAAACCAAGUAAAAUUCUUCUUAGUUAUCCUCGAACUAUCCGUAAAAGGCGCUUAAAAGAAAGUGAAUUAUUAGGAAAAGUUAGUCCAGAAAUAAUGAAAAAGAUUAAAGCGGCUUGA